AUGGCGUCUCCUUGCCGCAGGUCGAUGAAUGUCAAGACCCUGACCUUUCUUCUAGUGGGUCUGAGUUUCUUGGCACUGCACCAGGGGCUCCUCCAGUUCCCGAGGUCUCAAAAGGAGAAGAGGUCGCUUGGCCCCACCCACACUCCUGUUGCCGCGGAGCCCUCGGUGCUCAACCCAGGGCCCCCGUGUGUGGCCAACGCCUCAGCGAACACCACCCCCGCCUUUGAGCAGCUACCCGCCCGGAUCCAAGACUUCCUGCGGUACCGCCACUGCCGCCACUUUCCACUGCUCUGGGACGCGCCAUCCAAGUGCGCUGGAAGCCAGGGUGUCUUCCUGCUCCUGGCCGUGAAGUCGUACCCGAUGCACUACGAGCGGCGUGAACUUAUCCGCCGCACGUGGGGGCAGGAGCGCAGCUACCGCGGGCUGCGGGUGCGCCGCGUCUUCCUGCUGGGGGCACCGGCGCCCGAGGACGCCGAGCGCGCCGAGAGGCUGAACGCGCUGGUGGGCCUGGAGGCGCGCGAGCACCGCGACGUGCUGCAGUGGGCCUUCACCGACACGUUCCUCAACCUCACGCUCAAGCACGUGCACCUGCUGGACUGGCUGGCGACGCGCUGCCCGCAGGCGCGCUUUCUGCUCAGCGGCGACGACGACGUCUUCGUGCACACCUCCAACGUGCUCCGCUUCCUGGCGGCGCAGCCGCCCGACCGACACCUCUUCACCGGGCAGCUGAUGGACGGUUCGGUGCCCAUCCGCGACAGCUGGAGCAAAUACUUCGUGCCUCCGCAGCUCUUUCCCGGGCAGGCCUACCCGGUGUACUGCAGCGGCGGCGGCUUCCUCUUGUCCAGGCACACGGCUCAGGCCCUGCGCAGGGCCGCCCGCGACACCCCACUCUUCCCCAUAGAUGACGCCUACAUGGGCAUGUGCCUGGAGCGCGCCGGCCUGGCGCCCAGCGGCCAUGAAGGCAUCCGGCCCUUCGGCGUGCAGCUGCCCGGAGCCCGGCACCCCUCCUUCGACCCCUGCGUGUACCGCAAACUGCUGCUGGUGCACCGUUUCGCGCCGUACGAAAUGCUGCUCAUGUGGAAGGCGCUGAACGACCCAGGGCUGAGCUGUGUCCGAGGGCAUUGGGUCUCCUGA